GUGAUCUAAAUUCAAAACAGUGCUCAUGUAACCAGUGUUUUUCUCCAUAAAAUUGUGAAAUAAGCGUUUUUUUAAUAGUUAAUAGUGCAUCCGGCUUAAACAUUAUGAAUAUAGCACACAAACUGUUGCUUCGCUACCGGUUACCGGUAGCCAGAAUCGGUAAAGUAUGGUAUAAUCAACCGGGGGUUUCGCCCCAAGUUCGGUCGCUUUCAGCUGGAAGUCAUUGGCACGAAGUUAACAAGAACCGUACUGAUCCUAAUUAUCGGAAUGUUUUCAACCGUACUCUCAGUACACAGCUCAAAGCAAAAACAAAAGUUCAGAAUGUUAAAUCGACGGCCACCCUCUUGAACGAACUGAAAGCCGAUGCGGUUGCCUACAGGCGCAUCCACCUAGACAAAUUGCAUCAGAUUCUAUCCCGACCGGAAGAUAUUUCCCCUAGCUCGUACGAUUUUCUACUGAGUUGUUGUGGGCAACUGAUGCUGGAUCAGCCGGUUGAAGCGAGGGAGCAAAUGUUGCGCAGCUUGUGGUUUAUGGCUGGGGAACCCACCCUAGACAGGUGGAAGAUCAUGCUGCAGGUGUAUCGGGAGAAUGGGAUGGAUUUAGAGGGGAGCGUGGAGGAGUUCAUGCAAAAGGUUAAAGAUCUUCCGGUAGACGAGGAAUUUUUGGAGCUGCUGCUGGCGGUGGUUUGUGAACGGGGAGAUGUUGGCAAAAUUCAGGAUGUUAUGAACGUUUUUGAGGAACGUAAUAUUGGAUUGAAGGCUGGUCAAGCUAGUAGUUUGAUCCGGGGCUAUGCCAAGGCUGGUAAUAUAAAAACAAUUCAAGUAAUUUUGGAUACUUUGAGUGCUGGUAAUGUAGCUUUAAACGAAGAGGUUUAUGGGGAGCUGAUGGUCGGUUAUUUGCUGAACGACCAGAUAGACAAAGCGAAGAAAUUUUUAAAAGAAAAGGGAUCUAUUUUAAAAGAGAGGCACGUGGUCGAAGCUUUACAGGAAGCGAUCUUGAGAAACAUAAAUGACAUGUCGAAAGAUUUAGUAAAACUACUGCCAGAAGAUGUGUUGAAUGACGUGAGCAUUGAUCCUGUUCUCAGAAAUGUCUGUUCAAAAUUUAUUAAGCUUAACAACUUUGAAGCAGUCAGAACUCUUCUCAAUGAACUUCCUAUCCCUGAGUUCAACAUAAAUGAAAGUCAAGACGGGUAUGGAGUAUCCCUUAUAUUUGAAAUGAUAAAAAACAGUGCCCCUCUUGAAGAAACCCUCGCUCUGGUAAGAUUUCUUAUCAAAACUAGACGCAAUGAACGUGCGUUACAUGUAGCUUGCGAAUGCGCUGCCAAACACAACAUCGACAUAUAUCCCCCCCUUCUAGUUAACCUUCGCAAACAAGAAGACCUCAGACCGCACUAUUUUUGGCCACUAAUCGUUCAAAAUUUCAACAGAAAUGGCGAGGCCGGUGUGCUUGAUGUUCUUAAACUGAUGCAACAAACCAAAACCGAGCUUGAUUCAGAAACGCUCACAGUUUUCGUCCUACCGAAGCUCUCCGUCAGCCUGAAGGACACCCGCCUAGCACUUAAACAGCUGACCGAUCGAGGUGUUAAGAUAAACACUCUGAUGACGCCCUUUGUGUCACACAUGCUGUACCAGAACCGUUUCAAAGAUGUAAGCCAGGUUGUGAAACUCUACCCGGCCCGGCUCGAUACUGAAGCGCUGAUUUGGCCGUUGCAGCUGCAGGCCACGGUCAACAAAAGCAUCGAACAGUUCCGCCGAAUGGCCGAGGUUAUUAAGAUCCUCACGGAGAAAGCUCAGGAUCCAAAGCACGAUCUGGCCGGUCAGCUGUUGAUGGAGCUGGUCAGCAACCGCAAAAGUCAGCACGACCUGAACACCCUCAAGGCACUGCUCCAGCAGCUGUUCGUUGCUGAAGUGCGAAUAAGCCGAAUGAGUGCCAAUGUCCUGCGGAAUCACCUGGCCAAGCUUGCCCGGGGGAAAGAUUCGGAACUGGAUCGAUUGGUCAACUCGCUGGUGGAUGAAGAGCUGGCGAUCGCUUCGAGGGAACUUUUUGAUUCGAUCAUCGUUCAUCCGAGAAACAUGACCUACGAUGAGUUAGAGUGCCACCUGAGCGAGCUGGAGGAAAAGAGGCUGAAUGCGAGGGGAGUUCUAAGGAGGUUGCUACAGGUUUGUGUCCGGGAGAAUCGGUUGGAUCGGGCUGUGGAGGUGAAGAAAAAAUGUGACGAAGCUCGAGUAGAGUUGAGUUCGGGUAUGUUGGCUUCCGUUUUCGAUUUACAUAUCAAGCGGAAAAAUUUGGAAGAAGCUGGAAGAACUUUGGAGCAAAUAAAGAGUACGUUCCCGGGUUUUUCGAUAGACGAACACAAAAUUGUAGAUUUUGCUGCCCUGAUGGCAGAAAAUGGUUUUCUAACCACUGCUCAGAAUAUCAUCAAACAGCGAGCCUCGGCUGGUCAGGUUCGUUCCGGAAAUGUGAACAAAAAUAUCUGGAAUCUGCUGACGAAUACUGCGCAGUGGGCUGCUGCAAAUGAACCCAGCUCGGAUAAAAACCAUGCCUAUGAAAUGCUAAAUUUGCUUGUUGGUUUAGGAUACUGUACGUAUGACAACGCAGUACUAGGGCCAGUAAUCAGGGAGUACCUUUUGAAAAACCAGAUCAAGAAUGCCAUCAAUAUGUACAGGCAGAUAACCAUCGAAAAAAGGAGAACUCCGCUUCAGCUGGAAAUUAUGACGACCCUGGUUCGGCUGACCAAUUCCAACAAUCCGGAAAUCCCACCGGAUCAAGCCAAGGCGCUCCUUAGCGAGAUCAUCCAGCUGGGUUCGAAAAUCCACGGACCAGUAAACACCAAUAAUACCCUGAUCGUUGCGUUGGCCGACGGAGGAACCGAAGCUCAGCUCAGGAGAAUACUGAUCAAUCCGGAAACGCGAGUCAACCACGAAUACGUCCUCGGUCAGUGUGAGUUUCUGCUAAACUCCGGUAAACUGGAUGUGGUGCUGCGGUUAGCGAAAUGCUCCCGCGGGCUAGCCAACAUCCGGGAGACUGACUUCCUGUCGCUGAUCCUGAAGCAGUACACUCGGGACAAUGAUUGCGAAUCGGCCAUUGCCCUCUUCAAUCGACUGCAGGCCGAAGAUGAGGAGCUAAAAAUUAGCGGAGAUUUCGCCCGGAAAUUGAUCGAUCUGCUGGAGGUGAACAACUACGAGGUACCGAAUGGGGUGCGGUUAUACGCGAAAUAGAACAGUGUGCUCUAGUU